CUUUUGGCUCGCCAGCAUCGUCGAAGAUCGCAGUGUAAAAUAAGCAGCAGCAGCAGUGUUUGACGAGCAAAAUGUCUUGCGUUUGGAAUAACAAAGCAUCAUCAUCGGCCGCUGCACACUGUUUGUGACGUUUGUGACGGGAAAAAUAUAGAUUCUUGCAAUAAAUCGAGCAUCAGUGGAAUAAUAUUGUGCAUGCAAUUUCUGCUCGCAGUGAACCAUUUGUGGAUUUAGUUGAAGGAGGACCAGCCGUCGUCGUCGUCGUCGUCCGUCAUCGUUGCAGAAAGUGUGCUGCGGUGCACUGCUCAGAUUAGGUUUGCGAGCAAUUAAUCCAGGUUAAAUGGUGGAUAAGUUUGAGGAAUCAGUCGGCGAGAGGAGUGUGCUAGUGAGCAAUCUGGUGAAAUAGUUCCAACCAAACAAGCAAAGAAAGUCUCAGAUAGCCGACACGUCUACUGAGCAGUGAGUUGAGUGUUGGUUAGCUAGCUAUAAGUGAAAAUGAUCAUGAUGCUGGAAUGACGAGAAGUACCUAUGAUGGAAAAUAAGAUUGCUUUUGCAAGUGCGACGAAUUAGUGACAGUGUUGGGCGUGGAAGAUAGGGAAUAACAAAGAUAGCCCGUUCGAAGCGAAUUGCCACAGCUGUGCUUGCUGUGGCUGUGUUUCCAUCGAGAAGAUUUUGAGGAUUUCCUCAGACGAAACACUGGAAACUUUGAAGGAUCAAUCAGCAAUAUAACUGUCUAUCGGCUUGCUUCCAGAUUAUAAUCGUCCACAAAAAUCGCAAAAUACGCAUGGACAACGGACAAAACCAAUCAAAGGAGAUUUAACUACAUCAUUACUACAGCUGUAAAUCCUGAUAACGAGCAAAACGGAUCAAAACACUGUUCCUGCAUUCUUUCUCUCUGUCGCUGGCUCGGUUCGCACAAGUGCAUUCUGGCGAGCACAGUAAUAUACUCACGUCUACUAGCAAAACAAAAAAAAAAAAAGAAGAAGUAAAUCCGCUGUCUAGGCCAUAACGGUUCCAGUGCCAAAUUUUAUCUUUUAAGAUUAAAACUGAUAAUAUACAAAAAAAAUUGAAAUUAGCGAGCAAAUUCUAGGAUCAGUAAGUUACAUUAUCAAGGUACUAGUCAUAUAAAUUCUUAGGAAAAAGCAAUCUCGGCGUAUAAAUUUAAUAUAUUUUGAUAUUAGUCACGACGACGGCCAGUGCAACGCAAAUUUUUGGUAAUUUCUGUCGACAUUUGCCACAGGGCACAGAUAAACCAAGAGCUAAAGGCAAAGAUAAGCUUCUGUUCAGGCAACUUUGUUUGUAUGAAUCAGUAGUGCGAUAACGCUCAGUAGGGUAUGCUGUUGGGGUGAUUAUCUCUCCGAAUCAUGUUGCAGUCCCAUUCCGACUGAGGUGAUAAGUGUGCGUGAACUGAAACGUGCCGUAUAGAUCAAAAUGGGUAACAAAAAUUCGUGCUGCUCGUACUCGAGUCCUCCGCCAACUCGUAAAACUAAGGAUGUACCGGUGUUCGAGGAACAUCUCCCGGAAGGCGAACUUUCGACAAACAACCUGCAGCACAUCUCCGAGCGGGAAGGUGACGAUGGAGAACAUGAUCCAUCAGUGGACCCCUCGGCAGGCACAAUGUUCCUUGAGCGCUCGAAACAAAGUCUAGAAAAUGGGAUGACGAGGAAAAAAUCCCAGCAUCAAAUAGCGCCCCAAGGUGGAGCGGUACUAAAGAAGAGCAGCUCAUGCUCGACCAUUUAUCUGGACGAUUCGACUGUAUCUCAACCAAACCUCAAAAAUACAGUCAAAUGUGUCUCGCUAGCAAUCUAUUACCACAUCAAAACUCGCACCAGUGAACGAAGGAUAGAUAUCUUCGACGAGAAGCAGCAUCCACUGACGCGAGAUCCAGUGCCAGAUGAUUACGAUCUGCACAAUCCCGAGCAUCGACAGAUCUACAAAUUUGUCCGGACGCUGUUCAACGCCGCUCAGCUGACAGCGGAAUGUGCCAUUAUCACCUUAAUAUACCUGGAACGGUUACUAACGUAUGCCGAGCUGGACAUCGGCCCAUACAACUGGAAAAGGAUAGUACUGGGUGCAAUAUUGCUUGCUUCUAAAGUGUGGGAUGACCAAGCGGUUUGGAACGUAGACUACUGCCAGAUCCUGAAGGAUAUCACCGUCGAAGAUAUGAACGAACUCGAAAGGCAAUUCCUCGAACUGCUUCAAUUCAACAUCAACGUGCCGUCGUCCGUUUACGCCAAGUAUUACUUCGAUCUACGAACGCUUGCCGAAGCCAACGAUCUAUCAUUCCCCACGGAACCGCUGUCGAAGGAGCGGGCGCAGAAACUGGAGGCCAUGUCUCGGGUGAUGCAGGAUAAGGCAACGGCCGAGGCGCUCAAGAAUGGCAUGAAAAAAUGGUCCUCCAUCGACAACAUCCACCAGCAGGGCAACGUGAGGCGAAGUGUUGCCAUUCUGUCGUGAUUCCACUGGGAGCUGAUGACAACGGUGGUGCUUGCGCGUUUGGUGUAAUGUUCACUAGCUCUACAUAUGUUUGGCCAACCUCAGAUAGUGGUAGGAUUGAACCAAUUGGUGUUCGAGGAACGGAAAUUCCGUUAUUCGCAUGAGUGUUACUUUGUGUGUGUGGAAUUUGUUGAUUGUUCUGGAGAGCAAUGGCGAGAAAAUUGUUUCAUAUUCGAAGUAAAGAACAUUGGAGAUGUAAUCUUGAUUGUAGUUUAUACGUGUCUGAAUGAACUCAUGUGCAGCUCCCUGAACCGUUUUAUAUGAAAACACUUUUCAAAGGAUUAUUUUUGAGACGUUACCAAAAAGAUUAGGAGGUGGUUUCUCUUCAAUAGGGGUAAUGUUUGAUUUAAACGUCUGAAUGUAUGAAAGAUUUAAAUU